AUGAUGCUGAUGAAGCCAGUCAGGGCUCUGGGCACACCAAAGGCUGCAGAACAAUUUUCCUUGGUCAUAAAUUGCAUCCUGCACCCAGAAGUGGGCACCUCCAAAGUGCCCACUGAUGCCCACGGGGAGGGACAUUGGGAAUCGCCUCCGUUGUCUGGACUUCCUGAGUGUGUCAAAGUUGUAGAAGUUGGUCCUCGGGAUGGGCUGCAGAACGAGAAGAUUAUAGUUCCUACAGAUAUAAAAAUCGAAUUCAUCAAUCAACUUUCCCAGAGCGGCUUGCCUGUGAUAGAAGUGACCAGCUUUGUGUCCUCAAGAUGGGUGCCACAGAUGGCCGACCACACCGAAGUCAUGAAAGGCAUUCGUCAGCACCCCGGCGUGCGCUAUCCCGUGCUUACCCCGAAUCUCCAGGGUUUCCACCGGGCUGUUGCUGCCGGGGCCACGGAGGUCUCCGUGUUUGGUGCCGCUUCAGAGACCUUUAGCCAGAAGAACAUCAACUGCUCCAUUGAGGAAAGCCUGGGGAGGUUUGAGGAGGUGGUCAGGGCUGCACAGAGGCUGAGCAUCCCUGUGCGAGGGUAUGUGUCUUGUGCCCUGGGCUGUCCUUACGAAGGAAGCGUCCUGCCACAGAAAGUGACCGAAGUAUCGAAGAGGCUGUACGCCAUGGGCUGCUACCAGAUCUCUCUGGGAGACACGACGGGGGUGGGGACGCCAGGGAGCAUGCGGCGGAUGCUGGAGAGCAUCGAGAAGGAGAUCCCGCCCGGGGCGCUCGCCGUCCACUGCCACGACACCUAUGGACAGGCGCUGGCCAACAUCCUCACCGCCCUGCAGAUGGGCGUGAGCGUGGUGGACGCGGCCGUGUCCGGGCUGGGCGGCUGCCCCUACGCGCCGGGGGCCUCCAGCAAUGUGGCCACCGAGGACCUGCUCUACAUGCUGGAGGGCCUGGGGCUGCACACGGGCGUGGAUCUGCACAAGGUGAUGCGAGCUGGGGACUUCAUCUGUAAAGCUCUGAACAAAACCACAAACUCCAAAGUGGCGCGCGCCGCCUUCCAGCCCUGACCCGAGCGGAUCUGUGAGACCCUGCAGAGCGCAUGCAGGCGGGAUGGGGAGGGAAGGGGUCUCAUGGAGGAUGCACCAAGGCAGCCGUGAGCGUCGGCGGAAAGCGGGCCAGCCUCAGCCUAA